AUACUCUUUCCCUCUUUGUGCCCUGAAAAAAAAACCUUGUUUCUUUUCUACUACUUACGCACCAUGAAUCUGUGGAGCAAAUCCCGGACAGCAGAAAGAGGAACAUAUGAUGCUCUCCAAGGGGAAGAAGAAUACAGUAGUCGCGAUACAUCUCCUCCCCAAGAAAAGCCUUCACAGUCGCUGCUUGCCAGGAUAUGUAAAUCUAUAAUCCUGCCGUGGAGUAUCAGCGCAUUUCUCCUCGUCGCUCUUGCUAUCGUGUCAUUGGGACACAGGAACCCACUCGGCAGCUACGAGUCUGGCUUCGUGACUGACAUUGAUGCCGUUCGGCCGAAGAUAUCGCUGACGCGAAAAAAGUUCCAUGCAGGAGUGAAUAUCGAUGCAAAAGGCUCAUAUUCACUUACCAAAGACCCUCAUGGCCCAGAUUUCUUUGCCCCACCAAGUCCAGAGGUGGAUGCUUUGUGGAUGGACCAGAUGUUACUCAAUAGCUCGUUUGCCUUCAUGAAGUUGACGCCCAAAGAGGUUGAGAAAUCGGGUUUGACCAUGUUACCUGGGGACCUCCUCGAGGAUGGAACUUAUGCAGUACAGCCUAGUGCAGUUCACUCUCUUCACUGUCUGAAUUACAUUAGAAAAUCGCUUGCUCGUGACUAUUACACGGACAUCACUGAUGCGCCCGAAAGGCCGUAUCACAUGAGCCAUCGAAUGCAUCUUGACCAUUGCUUGGAAAAUAUUCGACAACACCUUACUUGCAGCUUCGAUUUAACGUGGACACCACGGGCAUGGAGACCGGAAGCUAGAGUCUUCCACGCAGACACCGAUCAGUGGCAUGUUUGUAGAGACUUUGAUAAGCUUAUGGAUUGGAUGAGGACAAGAAUAUGAGUUAUAUCAUACGACGUCUCAGUGCAUGUAUCAUUAAAAGAGCAGGCCAGACUAUUUGUGGUGCAUUAAUGUAUGGCUGUCGAUAUAAUCAGAUCUUAUAUCAGCUGAAAAUGCAACACAUUCUUGGACU